AUGUCAAUCAAAUUUUAUCCGCCCAGGACAAAUCUGGCGAUUUUCACCGCCUACACUGGACGGCACACAACCCAUCCACCAGCAUCAUCUCUUCCGAAGAAUAAUCUAUGCCGGCGCGUGGGCCUUGCCCUCUUCAGCUCGUUCAGUACCGGUCUGUACUACUCAUCCUCUACAGCAGUAAAGCACAAGCACAUUCAUCCAUGGCGGGAGGUACCUCGAUUUCGUGAGGGGACGGUGAAUUCUGUCCCAGUUGAGGAGGCGCCGGACAUCGACGGUGACCGGUCAAGAAUCGACGGCAAUGAGGACGGCAAAAAGAGGCGGAGAAAACGCCGUCAUGGAAACAAAGGAAGAGCGCCGUGGAAUAAAGGACGCAAACACAGUGAAGACACUCGUGAGAAAAUCAGACGCAGAACAAAAGAGGCCAUGGAAGACCCCAAGAUUAGAAAGAAAAUGUCUGAAUCUGCUCGUACUGUGAUGAGUGAUCAGACGAAAGCAAAAAUAAAAGCAGCUCACGCGAUGCGAAGGAGAGAACUGUUAAAAUGGAAAAGAUCGAGUGAGAGGUUUAUGGUAUUGUGGGCCCAGAGGAUUGCAAAAGCUGCUAAGUUGGGAAUGAGUGACGAGAAAGAACUUCAUUGGGAUAGCUACAACAAACUUAAAGAAGAAAUAUCCCUCCAGAUUUACCAUACUGCCCAAGAAGCAGAUGUCAAAGCGAUUGCUCGUGUACGAGCACAAAGAGCAGCACAAGAGAAAUCGGAGAAGAUGGCAAGGCUCGCUCAGGAAAGAAGAGAGCACGAUGAAAAUGUGAAAGCUAGAGUGGGGUCAAUUAAAAAGAGGAAUCUAAUGUCAGAAGAAGAAAUAGAGAGGUUACCAGAGUUUCCGGAGGAGAGACUCAAAGAGAGAAUAACGAAGAUUCAUAAGAAGCUACAAAUAAACAGUCAACAUCAACAGCCCUUGCACGAAGCCAUUGAAGAAGCUCGUGAAGCCGCUCACCGUGCUGAGCUGAACAAGGUGGUUUGGAAGCUGGCCUUAGUCAAUGCCAUGAAAGAGGUCGGGCUAGACGGCGAGCCGUCUUCUUAG